AACCAAAAUUAAUAAAAAAUGAAAAACUAUCAGUUAACGUGGUUUAUUUUAAAUAUAUACUUGGUAUAUACUUUUAAUUUGGAACCAAGAAUACCUGUUAUUAAAAAAGGAUUAAAUGGUUCUUAUUUCGGCUAUUCUGUAGCUGAACAUCAAGAAAUUCCUGAUGAUAACACAGAAAAACCAAAAAGUUGGAUGUUAAUUGGUGCUCCUUUAGACCAAAAUAGACAACCAUCAACUAAUAGGUCUGGUGCAUUAUGGCAAUGCCCUUUGACAACAUUUAAAACAGAUUGUACUCAAGUGAUCACAGAUGGACGACUAACAGAAGAAGGGGGUCUGUAUGAUACAAGUUUUGAAUCUGAUAAUUUAGUACCACCUGGUAAUGAUGAAAUCAAAGAUAAUCAAUGGCUAGGAGUAACAGUACGCAGUCAAGGCAUUGGUGGCAAAGUAAUGGUUUGUGCACACAGACAUGUUGUAAAAACAGCAGAUUCACAAUGGGGACAAGGGCAAUGUUACAUAUUAACACAAGACUUAAAAUACCAAGAUUUAAAAAAACCUUGUUCUGGAAAACCUACAAACAAAGCUCAUGAGCAAUUUGGAUAUUGUCAAGCUGGAACAAGUGGUGUACUUACUUCAGAAGAUCGUGUAGUUAUUGGUACUCCAGGUCCACAUACUUGGAGAGGAACUCUAUACCUAUUUACAAUUUCAGACGAAUUUUUAACUAGAGAUAAUACUGUUUAUAAUGCUCCAAUGCAAGAUGCUUCCCCUGUCAGUAAAUACAGCUAUUUAGGAAUGUCAGUUACGGUCGGAAAUUUCUUUGGAACUGGAUUAGCUUAUGCUGCUGGAGCACCCCGGUCAAAUGGUACAGGUCAAGUUAUAUUGCUUACAAGACGUGACUUUAAACCAGAUAUGGAUGUUGCUUUUAUUUUGGAUGGUGAACAAUUUGCCUCAAGCUUUGGAUAUGAAAUUACUUCAGCAGAUGUUAAUGGAGACAAAGUUACUGAUCUUAUUGUAGCAGCACCGUUUUACUUUAGUAAGGUAGAAGGGGGUGCCGUAUAUGUAUAUACAUCAUUACAAAAAACUUACAAGGAGGGUGAAAAAAGUAAACCUGUAAAACUUGUCGGGCGUGAAGAAUCAAGAUUUGGGUUUGCAUUGACAAAUUUGGGAGAUUUAAAUAAAGAUGGAUAUGAAGAUAUUGCUGUUGGUGCACCUUAUGAAAAGAAAGGAACUGUGUACAUAUACCUUGGCUCAAAGAAUGGAAUAAUUACAAUUCCAUCGCAGGUAAUUCAUGCAGAUGACAUGCCAGAACCACUACAAACAUUUGGUUAUUCAUUGAGUGGUGGAAUUGAUAUGGAUCAAAAUGGAUAUGCUGAUCUACUAGUAGGUGCUUAUGAAAACGAUGCUGUAGCACUUCUUCGAUCGAAAAAAAUCAUUGACAUAACUACUUACAUUCGCUAUUUGAAAAAAGAUGGUACAUAUCAAGAAAAAAUAGAACCUAUUGAUCCGAACAAAGUUGGUUGUCCAGAAGACCCAAAUUCAAAUCAUACAUGUUUUUCAUUUGAAGCCUGUUGUAAAACAGAAUCUCUUGUAAAGGAAGACGACAUGCAAAAUUUAAAAUUGAAUUAUUAUAUUGAAGCCGAAACAUAUACUGGAGUUAAAAAAUUUUCUAGAGUUUGGUUUGGAGGUGGACAUUCGCGUUUACAUUAUAUAAAUCGUACUGUUAUAUUAGACACGACGAAAUUGGAACAUUGUCAGAAAGAAACAAUUUAUUUGAAGGAAAAUACACGUGAUAUUCAAUCACCUAUUAAAUUUCGCUUAAAUUAUUCAUUGAUACAAGAAGAACCAAUUAUGCCUGCUGAAGGAGAAUCUUUACCAGACAUAAAAAAUUAUCCUAUAUUAAACCAACAAGAAGCUGCUCGUGUAUUUGACGCAACCUUUCAAAAAGAUUGUGGUAAUAAUGAUAUUUGUGAAAGUGAUUUACAAGUACAAGCUCGGCUAAAUUUAUCAGCUUCUUCCGUGAAACCAAAUUUCUACGAACUCCUCUUGGGUGAAAGAGAAGAAGUUGUAGUGGAUAUAAAUGUGUCUAAUAUUGGAGAAUCUGCAUACGAAGCACAAUUAUUUAUUGUACAUUCUCCAAGCUUAAAUUAUAUUGCUAGCAAGAGUAAUGAUUCUAUAAGUUGCAAUUUACAUAAUAAUAGCUUAAUAGCAUGUUCUAUUGGAAACCCAUUUAAGAAAGAUAAAUUAUUAAAUAUACAAGUAAGAUUUGAUCCUAAAGAAUUAGAAGAUAAUAAAUCACAACUGGUAUUUGUAAUAUUUGCAAAUUCGACUUCAAAAGAAAUAAAAGAAAAAGAACCUGUAAAAUUACAAGCAACCGUAGUGAAGCGAGCAGAAUUAUCAAUUAAAGGGAGCGCGAAAAUUCAGUGGGCCCGUUAUGGUGGACCAGUUAUAGGAGAAUCUGCUAUAAAAUACUUAAAUGAAGUAGGACCUAAAGUUUCUCAUGUUUAUCAAGUAUUUAAUGAAGGCCCAUGGCGAGUAAGCAGCUUGGAAGUACGUAUUUCAUGGCCUUAUGAAGUUGCAAAUGAUAAAGCCCAUGGUAAAUGGCUUUUGUACUUAGAAGAACUACCGAUUAUACAAGGUUCAGGCGAUAGUGAAUGUAUACUACCACCAGGACAUGUGGUUAAUCCAUUGAAGUUACAGAACAGUACUAAUUAUGACGAUCUUGAUGGUUUGCAAUCUACGGUAUCUACUCCUACAUUACACAAUCAUACUAAUCACUUAAGAACUAAACGUGAUACAGAAAAAGUUGUUAAUACGCGAACUAUUAUUGAUAAAGAUGGUCACAGGCAUCAAGUGGUUUCAAUGAACUGUAAAGCAGGAACUGCAAAAUGUUUUGAUAUAACAUGCUUUAUAUACAAUUUACAAAGAAAACAAGAAGCAAUGAUAACUGUUAAAGCAAGAUUAUGGAAUUCUACUCUUGUGGAAGAUUAUCCAAAGGUAGAUCAAGUAAAAAUAAGUUCCAAUGCAAAAAUAGUUAUUCCGCCUAAUGUUGUGAUACAACAAGAAAAUUUAAAAGAUGAUUAUGCAGUUGCUGAAACAAUUGUACAUCCAGAUCUUCUUGAUCACCAAGAUGUUGAACCAGUGCCAAUUUGGGUAAUCAUAGUGGCUGUAGUAGCAGGUUUGAUACUAUUUAUUUUACUUACUCUGGUUCUCCGAAAACUGGGAUUCUUUAAAAGAAGACGACCAGAUCCCACAUUAUCAGGGAAUCUCGAAAAACAUAAAGAUGAUAAUCCCGAAAGUGAAGCAUUAUUCAAACGUUAAACGAAAAUACUUAAAUUCUUUUUCAUAAAAUAUCAUAUUUACUUAUACUUGGAGUACUUAUAAUGAACGAUAUCGCAAUGUUAGGCGUUCAAGAAGAAAGAACUAUGCCGUGUAAAGUUUAAGUAUUUGAAUGCAAGAAGUUCAGUAUCCAUAUUGUGAUAUGUUAACUUAUCUAUAGCUAUGUACUCUUUUGUUAAGAACAGUAUGAAAUUUCA